ACCCUGACUAUUAUCAGCUGUACCAUGUGAUCGUGGUUAAUUCUCCGUCUUUGUGAAAGAUGUGUAUGAGCAUCCAUACAUAAUCACAAUUAUGUUUUUUUUUUAUAAAUUCGGAAUAAAAUUAGAUUAUAAUGCUACAAUUUUAUAAAAUUACUAAGUAUUAUGGAAUUACGAUCAUUUUUGAGGGGUGUUCCAUAUUAGUAUUCUAUUGUGUGUUACCUAACAGCAUUUAUCCGAAUUACUGAUCACUACAUAUGUAGUUAUUCUAAAAAUCCCGUUUUAAAGAAAAACCGGGAAAAUUAGAUGCCGCAAGAAACACGUUACUAAGACUUUAAUGCCAUAGAUUAUGUCAUGUUCCCAGUUAGUCCGUACCUAUCCCAGUUAACCAUUGUCUUCUGCGGAAAUUGAGCUGAUUCCAAAAAGGCUGACAACCAAAAAAAAUGAAUGCAAAAUCUCUAUUGGAGAAGCUUAAAGAAUAUGGAGUAGGAAAACGGAUGCUUGAUGAUGUUCUGUUUAUACAUGAUAAACAACCAACUAGACUUGGAAUUUACGAUGUGGACGAUGGAAAUUAUAACACCCAAUUUAAACAAACUCCGUGCAGCAUACCAGGAUGUAAACACAUAGCUGAUACACUGUUAGAUUACGAAAACCAUUACAACGCGACGCACAGGUACUCGUGCGCUCAAUGCAAGAAGGUUCUGCCUUCGCCGCAUUUCUUAGACCUGCACAUACAGGAGAACCACGAUUCGUAUUUUGCUGUGAUGGCCGAAAAGAAACCUUCGUAUUGCUGCUACAUAGAAGAAUGUAAACAGAAAUUCAACAACACCGCCGACAGAUUAGACCACUGCGUCCGAGAGCACAGGAUACCCAAAGAUUUUCGUUUUGAAAGACAAAAAAAGGAUAAAAACAAAAUGCCUAACGCUAUGGACGUAGACGAGGCUAAGUCCAAUAAAUUCCAUUUGAACAAUAGCAAACAGAAGACGUUUAGCAAAAAUAAAUAUGCAGGAAAGAAAUUCACAAGCGACAAGAAAUCGAGGGAUGAAACAAAUAUGGACUGUUCUAUGGAGGAUUUGAAAGAUAGUUUACCGAAAUGAAUAAUCCUCUCAUAAAAGAAAAUGAUGGCAUUCCUUUUACAAUUCAAUAAAAUCAAUAAAUGCUUUUUUUUA